AAAACACAGCUGACUGAUGUAGUUAGUGUUGCUAUAAAUCAACACACACACACAGGGUUAAGGCAAAGAUCCACAUGGUGUCAUCAGCAUUACUCACCUCCAUCAUCACUCCUACAGGUGACUCCAAGGUUGAGUCAGAUGAAUAAAUCUCCAUCCAAGGAACACACAAGGCUUUAUUAUCUUUCACUGUCAUCAAAUUAACAUUUUUUAAACUCGAUUUUAAGAUUAAUUGCUGUUCCGUUACUUCUUCUGUGUCAAAGAGUUAGAUGUUUUUACUGUUUUUAUUUUUGUGACAGUAGGCACAGUUUUAACUGAAGGGGGAGAACAGGCAAGCACUAAAACAAAGGCCAGAGGGGCAGAUGUAAUGAGUUAAUAUACACAUCUCAGCAACCCAGCAACUAAAAGAAGCGGCAUGCUCUGUGCUGCCCUGCUUGCUGCAGCACAUGGAUGAUAACAUUCACUGAGGCCUGACCUAUAUGGGAGAAAAUUUCUAAACAUGGUUCAGAAUAUGCACAUAACAUGCACACAAACCCAAAAGAGAGCAAUUCUUUUGAACAUCAGUGUUUUGGGAGUGAAUGGAUAUCAAUAUGCAAAUAGCCCACACAUUGUGUGGGACACCAUCUGAUUGUAGUGUCAAACUAUGAGGAAAUUAUUUCAGAUGAGGUGACAAGGGAUCUACAACUGAAUCAUAAACAUCUCCACAAGGCACUGAGGGUCAUGUUACGCAACCACUAGCAUACAGAUUAUCCAGCCAAGUGGCAUGGUUGGCCAGAGGGAGGCGCGGUGCACUCUUCGUCCUUCAUUUGAAUAUUACAAUUAUUGGGCAAGUUUGUCUCACCCCUGGUUAAACACUGGGGAUUGAGCAGGGUUUUUCAGAUAACUAACUGCAUCAUUUAACUGUAUUUCUUUAAGGGAAUUUUGACAGAGUCUCUGUAAGUGCUCAAACUUUAGAGUUGAGGUAAGAAAAACUUCUGAUGAAAUCUCUUGCUGCCUGCGUAGUGUAUUACAGUGUGACAUAAUUUAUACCGCCUGCAAAGGCAUUCUUCAAGUUUUGAUGCAAGACUGACACCCCUUUCAUCAACACUGUGCGUUUCCUUCUUGACGCUCUAAACUAAUCAUCAGAGGAAGUGCACCCAAGCUAAGGCAGCCCAACUGUGACAUCCGUCCACCACACAAAGUGUGCUCAGGCUGGCUGGCUGCUGCACAAGCACCAUGGAGCAAAAAUCACCUAAAGCUGAACGCACCGCUAAAGGACAAGAGUCUCUGUCCUACCAACGGAAGAUGUGGAGGAAUUUUCAGGAGAAAACCAAGCCAUGGCUUAGUCCUAAACUGGGAUCCGAGCGUCGCGGUGCAGGGGGCGCGGAGGGUAGCAAAAAAGAAUCUGGGUUGUGGAUGUUUAAGAGGAAAAAGAAACAGUUAGACCGGGUAUUUUCGUCAUCACAGCCUAACCUAUGCAGCUCCACGCCGGCUCCUUUUGAAGGAGAUAAGACUGUUGGAGGCGACGCAGUCCCAUGUAUGAGCUCGGACGGGCAGCCUCUGCUACAGCCCCUCGGUGCGGCUUCUGGAGCCACGGGGAGCAAACCAGAGCUAACGGCCCAUGGAAGCCCUAAACUCCCCGUAUCCCAGCUGAUGAUGUACCAGCAAAAGAGCUCAUCUCUCGGCUCGGCGUGCUUCGAGACACUGGUGGUGGACCGCACCGCGGUGAUGGAAGAGGAUGAGCAGCUGCGUAAAAACGCAAGCGAUUCUGGCAUCAACAUCGUGGGGCCUAGUAAUGCAGAACUCCUGCCUCAACCUCCGUGUCCAGCCAUGUACCAGCUGGAUAUUGUCCUAAAGAAAGGAAAAAACCUUGCCAUUCGAGAUCGAACAGGGACCAGUGACCCAUAUGUGAAGUUUAAAAUUGCAGGGAAGGAGGUAUUCAGAAGCAAGACCAUCCAUAAAAAUCUCAACCCAGUGUGGGAUGAGAGAGUGAGCCUUCUGGUGGAAACCCUGAGGGAUCCCCUAUAUGUCAAGGUCUUUGACUAUGACUUUGGACUUCAGGAUGAUUUCAUGGGCUCGGCAUAUCUCUAUCUGGAGUCACUGGAACACCAAAGGACGCUGGAUGUGACGCUGGACCUAAAAGACCCACAGUACCCCGAACAUAACCUGGGCAGCCUGGAAUUAGCUGUCACUCUGUCACCCAAGGAAGGAGACAUGAGGGAUACUACCAUGCUUUUGAGAAGGAACUGGAAACGAUCUAGUAAGUAUCAGAGUAUGCGUCUUUCAGAUGUGCACAAAAAAGCCCAGCUGUGGCGAGGUAUAGUCAGCAUCAGUCUGAUAGAAGGUCGCAGCCUGCAGCCAAUGGAUGCCAACGGACUCAGUGAUCCUUAUGUCAAAUUCAGGAUGGGUCACCAAAAGUACAAGAGCAAGACAAUUCCCAAAACGCUGAACCCUCAGUGGAGAGAACAGUUUGAUUUCCACCUGUAUGAUGAGCAGGGGGGCUUUGUGGACAUUACAGUCUGGGACAAAGAUGCUGGGAAGAAGGAUGACUUCAUGGGAAGGUGUACUAUCGACCUGUCGCAUCUCAGUAAAGAACACACACACAAGCUGGACCUGCCGCUGGAAGAAGGUGAAGGUGUUCUGGUACUGCUGGUCACACUCACUGCCUCCGCCGCUGUUUCUAUCUCAGACCUGUCUGUCAACAUGCUGGAUGAUCCUCAUGAGAGGCACCAGAUCAUGCAGAGAUAUAGUCUCUGGAGGUCAUUCAACAACUUGAAAGAUGUCGGCGUGGUGCAGGUUAAGGUCAUUAGGGCUGAGGGACUCAUGGCAGCAGAUGUUACAGGUAAGAGUGACCCAUUUUGUGUGGUAGAACUGAGCAACGAUCGGCUGCAGACACACACUGUCUAUAAAAACCUCAACCCAGAGUGGAACAAGGUCUUCACUUUUAACGUGAAAGACAUCCACUCCGUACUGGAAGUAACUGUUUACGACGAGGACCGAGACAGAAGUGCAGACUUCCUGGGGAAGGUGGCUAUCCCUUUACUAAAUAUCCAAAAUGGAGAACGCAAAGCCUACGCCUUGAAAAGCAAGGAGCUGACAGGGCCAACAAAAGGGGUCAUCUUUCUCGAAAUAGACGUGAUUUUUAAUGCUGUGAAAGCUGGUCUCAGGACGUUGACUCCCAUUGAACAAAAGUAUAUUGAGGAGGAGCCCAAAGUGUCCAAACAGUUGCUUUUGCGCAACUUCAACCGAGUUCGACGCUGCAUCAUGUUCCUGAUCAACACGGGAUUUUACAUCAACAGCUGCUUUGAAUGGGACUCUCCGCAGAGGAGCAUCUGUGCUUUUGUGAUUUUUAUCAUCGUUGUUUGGAAUUUUGAACUUUAUAUGAUUCCUCUGGCUUUGCUGCUGCCGUUGGCGUGGAACUAUAUACGAAUUGCGUCGGGGAAGGAUACGAGACAAGAUGUGCAAGCAGUGGAGGACCUGCUGGAGGAUGAGGAUGAGGAUUUUGACAAAGAUGACAAGGACCCUAAACCAGACCCCUGGGAGGAGAGCCGUGAUAAAAACCAUAUCCUCGAGGAUAUGUUGGCUUCCUGGCACUUUGAGUGGAUACGAGCGAUGGUGGACUCAGAGAGAAAGGGCUUCAUGAACAAGCUUUAUGCCAUUCAGGACGUGUGCAUCAGCGUGCAGAAUGCACUGGAUGAAGUGGCCUCCUAUGGCGAGAGGAUAAAGAACACAUUUAAUUGGACUGUGCCUUUCUUAAGCUGUCUAGCGAUUGUGGCACUUGGAGUAGCCACAAUCAUCAUCUACUUCAUCCCUCUUCGAUUCAUUGUGUUGGCCUGGGGGGUGAAUAAAUUCACCAAGAAGCUGAGAGACCCCUACACCAUUGAUAACAAUGAGCUGCUAGAUUUUCUGUCCAGAGUUCCCUCAGAUGUGCAAGUGGUGCAGUACCGAGAGCUGAAACUGGAUCCCAAUCCCAGUCCAAAUAAAAGGAAGAAAAACAACCCCGGGUAGAUCACUGCGUCCGCCCACCGACUCUCUUCUUCACCUCUCUCCUGUUGGUCUGUUGCUGGACACUGAGGAGCAGAGGAAGACUCCUCUUGAGCAGUUCAACUAAACUAUCCCUGCAUUGUUUUGUUUUGUUUCUUUAGUUUUCCAUUUUAUGCUCUUAAACUUAAUUUCUGUCUUGCACUUCUAAUUGUGUGCAGUACAGAUUCCUGAAGUCAUUUUUUUUGUAUGAGACAAGUACAAGAAACCUUUUCAAUUUGUAUCAUUCUGCAAACAUGCUCAUGAUUUUAAAGGCAAGUGUUGGUGGAAUAAGUUUUAUAUCAGUUAGAUUAGCUGGUCUCUUUAUUUUCUAUCACAAUAACAACUCAUAGGACUCUGUUUGCCACAGGUUUCACACAAUAAGAAAAUUUGAUUAUUCUCACUGUUUAAAGAGGAAUAUUUUGGGGUUCAUCCAAGUUUCUAAAAAUACAGGCCUUAUAUUAACAUUCUGCACCACAGGUUAGAAUUUAUUUAACCUAAACUCUAGUUAUUAAAUGUUUUUUGGUAAAAUGUUUAUAUUUUCUAAUUGUUUUUGUACUGAAGUAUCUUUGGUUUUCGUCCCCUCUUGGAUGUUGUAAUAAUGUUAUUUUCAUUGGAAGUUAUUUGGAUUGUCUCCACCUAACUCAGCCAGCCAAGUUGAUUAGCAAUUAUGGAGGUAGCCUCCAGAUAUGCUCUUCUACACGAAAACAGUUCUGGACCAGUAAUAUCUGUCUGUGCUUUAAAACAUUAGCCAAAGUUUUUUUUUUUUGUUUGUUUGUUUUUCCUUUGAAAAUAUAUUCCUACCUGUUGGAGCACUGUUAAGUAUAAGACAAUUCAUGUUAACCUUGAUCACUACCAUCAUGAUUUAGCCUUGUUUAACCUCUUAAAGGCAAGUGAACAGUCAAAGACACCUCCUCUGCCUGUAAGGAAGCGCAGCAGACUGGGAAGCUGUUGCAGUGUUAAUAUAGAUGUCACCCAGUCUAUGCAGAGUGUCGUCAGGCAGGCAGGCAGGCAGGCCUUUAGGCAGCCACAGCCCUAAUCUUGUUUGAAAGGCUAGUCGCCAUCCCUCUCAUCUCUCCGUGUGUUUGCCUUAGUGGCGACACAAAAAAAAGCAUUUACCCACACACACACACUUCUGUGUGUGCUUGCAUGCAGACACAAACAGCCUCGUCGUCUCAUGAGAGUACACAGCUCCUCUAAGAAAUCUUUCGUACUCUAACUGCUUGCUCACAGAUGAAAACAUAACGUCGUAUUUGAGCAGGAACAUUCUCUCCCUCUCAGGCGCACACACAAGCUGACACACAAACAUGCGCUCUGUGAUGCUGCGCCCCAGGCUGGCCGCCCUCUCCAUCUGCCCCACCUCCUGUGCCCACAGCUCAACUUUGAUCAGCCUUUGCAGAGACAGAGGCUUGUAUGUGUGAGCUGUGUAUGUACAGAGUAAGAGUGUUUGCAUAUACGCAUUUAUGCAAUCAAAGACAUGUUGCUUCUCUCAGCGUUGGUGUGUGUUACUAUUGUAUCUUCCCUCCAGCUGUAGACUGAUGCCUAGAUUUAGUAAUAGAGUCUGUGUGUGCGUGUUGUGUGUGUGGUGCAGCAGAAGCGCCAGCUGUUAUUUGGUGUCGAGUUUGCUGAGAUGCUAGAUGAGCAGCAAGUCAUUGUGUGACAAGAGGAGGCUCCAAGGGGACUUAGGCCUGAGAUGUCAGGGAUAAAGGAAUGUUUGUGUGUGUAUGUGUGUGUUUUAUGCCAUUUCAGAUUCCACUUCCCGUCAUGCUUCCCUCCGUUUGCUCUCUCUGCGGUUCCCUCAUUCGUCAGUGAGCAGGGUUGUGACCCUGUCUGAAGGGACGGUCUCCUGGGCUUCUUGCUGAGCAUCUCUUGAAAGAUCACAGCGCAGGCUACAUUUGAGGAGGUCUCCUCUCAUCCUAUUGAUCCCCCCCCCCUCCUCCCUUGUCUGCCUGUCUUUAACACUCUAAACCCCCUGCUCACUGUAGCAAGAGCUCUUCUGCCAUUUUGUCAUCUUAUUGCCUCAUCCAUCCGUCUCUGUACCAUUGCUUUUACCCUCACUAACUUCUUCCGUCCUCAUCUAUCCGUUCUCAUGCCUAGAUAUCAACAUGCUUGGAUCUAUCAUUCCAGAGUACCACUGAUAUUUGCACCCCCCCUGUCUUUUUUUCUUGAAUUUACUUAAGACAGUAACAGACUGUCCCCUGAGAGCAGUGCCACAAACUGAUUAAAGCCUCCUCAACAAAAAGCUCUAACUCGUGAGGUGUUAUUUUAUCUUUUUUUGUAUGUGUGUUAAUGCCUGAAGGUAGUGCUUGAAUACCUGAAAUGUAUGUCUACUGCUACGUGUAGUCAUUUUACAUAAAAUUGUUGUGACUGUUGUGUGGUACUGCAUCCAAAUAAUGUCUCAUUUUUGGUUAUUUAUUUGGUUUUUGGCUCUGUUUUAAAGCAAACCAAAGUGUUUUCAUUUUGUAUGAUGUAGAGAAAAUAAAUUAUAUAACAAGAAUGUAUCAGACUGAAUGCUGUAAAGGAAAAGAAGCACUUUUAUUUGCACCCAGUUGAAAUGAGACUAUUUAUUUUUUAAAAGGAUACUGUACAUAGCUACUAUUGAUUAAUUUAUGGUUGUAUUUUAUACAGUAUGCCUGUUGAUCGUCUGGUGAUAAUAUUGUAAAGUAGGUGUAUGCCUGCAUUAUUUUUUAAGAUUUGUCUGCAAUGUUGCCUGCCUGUGACUUCAUCAUCUUGUGCCCUGUUCCGACCAAUGACAUUUUCAGAAAGGGGUGCUGUAAAAGCUGAGUCAAGGUUGGGGUCAGGAGGGGG